CGCCUUGGCCGAUCGAGAGCUGUGAACCGUUCUUCUCCACUUCAUAACUGGACUGUACCAAAUUCAGCCAUGACGCUCUACGCUUCUUUAGCUCCGUGACUCUGAUUUUCUAGUCUUGCAUCUCAAUCGAGAGAUCAAAUUCAACAUGCUCACUCGACCUGCGGCUGCGGCAUUGAGUUGCCGCCAAUGCCAAUCCGCUAUUAUUCGUGCUGUUGUAUCAAGGCCAGCCACAAGCUCUUUUCGCAGCUUGCCACAGACCACUUCACGACGGCUUCCUCUAGCGACAAGGUUCUAUUCGGAUGUUAAAGUGAACGAUACGAUAAUCGAAAAAGAGUCUUCGAGUCCGGUUCCUCCAAGCGAUGCUCUCAAUUCAAAACUCGAAGCUACAGAAGAGGCCGAAGAUCCUGAAGAUGUUCCCUGGUUUCUUGAAGUCGAGCCCCCGCGACACCCCGAGAAUCAGCAUGCCGUCCAAUUACCAAAAAUACCCGAAGGUGCACCAGAGGUCCUAGAACCAAUGGUGAAAUACAUAUUCGAGGAUAUGGGAUUAGAUGAGAUUUCUAUGCUGGACAUGCGCGACCUUGAUCCUCCAGCUGCUCUUGGUCCCAACUUGAUCAUGCUUUUUGCGACAGCUCGAAGCGAACGACAUCUUCACAUUUCAUCUGGUCGCUUUGUGCGAUGGCUCCGAAAAAACCACAACAUAUCUGCAAGAGCCGAUGGAUUGAUUGGGCCUGGUGAACUAAGGACGAAGCUCCGUCGACUUCGGAAAAAGGCCAAGUUAAUGGGUACGAAUACUGCUAUUAUUCCUGGUGGUGACAAUGGUAUCUCGACAGGAUGGGUCUGCGUGAACUUCUCCUCCAACAGCGACAGCAUCGAUGAAGCUGCCAAGGUGGACGAUAGCGGCCGUUUCUCUGGUUUUGGUGCUCCUCAAACAGGCACCACAGUUGUUAUCCAGUGUAUGACAGAAUCCCGGCGUGCAGAGCUUGACCUCGAGAGUUUGUGGCAGACCGUUCUCAAGAAGAGUUUGCGAGAAAACAAGCAAGCUCGUGGUGAGAAGAUCAACAGCCCUGAGGAGCUUGAUGAACUUCUGGCCGCCAAAGUUCAGCUCCCCAAGUCGGAAUCUGCUCAACAAUGGCAAGCCUUACACAAAGCGUCCCAACAACGACGCGCCUACACCACGAGCGCCCGACGGCUUUCACCAGAGCCUUCACAUAUUAUUCACACUUCUCCCGUCGUAUCAGAUGAAAUCGCUGACCUGCAUGAUCACUCAGCGCAGCCGACUCCGGAUCUGGAACAGGUCCGUAAGCGCUUUGAACACAUUCAGCUGGUUGGAUUACCCCUUGGUCAGAGCCAAAUCUAUCAGUUCGUCCGCGAUGCUAUGACAGCGCCUGCAGUCGAGCCUGCUUCCGGGUCACGGCUCACUCUUGUCGACCAGAUCCUAUUAACGGCCGAGGAGCGAGGCAUGAUCAUCUGGACCGAUGAGAUGUUCUUCACGCUCAUCGAGGGAGGUCUGUCAUCACCAUCAUUCGGACAACCUCAGCUUGCGCGUGCUCAGAAGAACCUCGAAACACUCAUGGUGCAGAAGGACUGUCGAUUCAACAACACUCAAACGAGCAGUCUGCUGUCCGCCUACGCGAAACGAGGGGACUGGCCCCGAUUCUGGGACACAUUCCGCAGACCAUCUCUCUUCAAGAAACCCAGGAGCUCAUAUGUCUACAAAACGGUCUACGAAGCUAUGGCACGUACCAAUAACCAGGUCUUUUGCAUCGAGAAUCUACAUUGGGUGUAUGAUGAGAUGAUCAACGAGCCUAAACCCCUGCCCAUGUUUGGCCCACUGUACGGCUCGCUCAAGGCGUGCAUCAGGGUUGCUGAUCCAGCGGCUGCAAAGCUCUUGGAAUCGAACGCUGGUGAUCUUAGAGGACAUUCACAUUAUGGCAAGCAGAGGUUGGCGAACAGAGAGUAUCUCAAGAUGUUAAAGGAGGUUGAGGCUCUCCAUACUGAGACUUCUGGGUACUUUGCUAGGCAGAGAAUGUAUCAAGGCAUGAAUGCGUCUAAGGAACCGGAUUUGACUGAGGAACAAUAGUUUCACAAAUAGGCAUUGGAAAAGCAUAGUAUGGGUUCGGGUCUUGUGUAUAACAAAUCAUAUGUAACAAUAUCAUGAUGCAUCUAGGAAUAUGAUUUCUCGGUCAAGGUCUCAAGUAGAACCUCAUGACUUGCAAUAAUAUAUCCUCUUUCAGUGACGUA